AUUGGCAUCUUUAUUUACCAAUCAGAAUUAACUGGGGGCAGGUUCCCACAAGCUAAGUGCAGACCCUCUGGUGCAAACUGUUUUGGGUAUCCAAUUAGCAUUAGAAUACAAGCAGCUACAGAUUGGAUUGGGUCAGAGAGUAGAGUUAGUGAAGACAGUUGGUGCAGGAAGGAAGAAGUUUGAAUAAAAAAGAAAUCCUUUUUCUUCCAAGCCCUUGCUUCUGGAAUGACAACUCUGAGACUAAUAAUUUAUUAAUAAAUGCCUUGGCCAUAGCUUUGGCUCAUAUUAAUUAACCCAUUCAAACUAUUCUGUGUCUUCCAUAUGCUUAGUUACCUCUUCUCAGCUUCAUGCACCAAGUCCAGGGUAAAUGUCCUCUUUAUUCUAACCUGAGUUCAGCCACAUGGCUGGUUUAUGGCUGUCUCCUCAGCGUUCCUAGGCAAAUCUCUCACAGCUCUUGCUAGUACCCAGAAUCCUCUCUCUUCCUGCUAGUGUCCCACCUCCUAUUCCCUUCCUCAGCUCAUUGGCCAUUGGCUUUUUUAUCGACAGGUGAUGCUUAUAAGAGAUUCUCUCUUCAGAGUAGGGGUAGAGAAGAGAUUGAGUGGAGUGAAGGUAAAUUGGGCUAGCAGAGUGAGAAGACAGUUGGUGACAGAUGAGCCAGGAGAAGCUGUGUGAAGUCACAUAGAGAAGAUAUUGUAAGGAGACAGAAGAACCCAUAAAGAACUCACACAAAGCAAUGAAUAAAGAGAACAAAGAAAAAACCCAUCUAUAUCUAUAGAUAGAUAUAGAUAUGCUACAUAUAUGCUAAAACUCAAUUUAUUUAUUUUUUUCUAAAAAAUGGGGUUAAAUUAAUAUAUUUUCUUUCUGACCCAGCCUCAUUCUGUAACCCAGACUGGCCUACAACUCUUCCCACCUGGGUCUUCUGAGUGCUGGGCUUACACAAGCCCUCCACUGCUGGCUCCACCUACAUAUUAAUAAACUUGGCAAAAAAUUACAAUGCAAUUUAAAACUUUCUCUCAUUCCAGUUCCAACCUCAAAAUCCGUCAAAGCUGUGGCUGACCCCUCCUUCUCCCUCCACCCUACGGCUGCUGUAAAAUGAUCCGACAGGAGCUGUCAAAAUGGUGGCUCAUGUCAGAAAGGCCACACCUCUCUACCUUCUCAGCCUGCAGCCUUCAUGGAAGCUGUCCACGGUGGCACAUCUCUUUUCCCAUCUCAGCAGGAGUUGUCCCACAGGAGCGGUGGGUGACACCUUUCCUGCCUCAGCCUACAGCCUUGGUGAAUUGAACACCACUGCAGGAGCUGUCCACCCCCUCUCUAGCCUCCCCACACAGCUCCACAGAGAUGCUACCUCAAUCAAAGCCAUCUGUAGCCAUGGGCCCAAUGCAGGAAAAGGGGGUGGUGGAAAAAAGCCACCAAUCCCUGAGUAGGAAAAACAACAACAACAACAACAACAACAAAACCCCACUUCUCUCUGAGCAUGAAAACCCACCAACACUUGAACAGGGAAAAACAAAACAAAACAAAACAAAACAAAAAAAAACACCAAGCCCUGAGCUCCCCAAGAUCAGGAUUUGAAAUCCCACCAAUCUUUACUCUCUGCCCUGAAAAGCUCUACCCCCUAAGAAGUCCUAUAUAAGGUCUGCCCUCUGUUCACUUCCCUAUUGUCUGCUCCAAGGAGCAGAGGGCAGCUUUCUCUGGAUUCAUCCCUCCACACAUUGGACCCUCCAGCUUGUGGUUCCUGAGCCCCCAUGUCUCAGAAUACCCUUCCCUUAGGAGACUGUCCCACCUCUGGGCUGUGUGGUUCCUGGGCUUCCACGUCCCAGAAUAUGCUUUCAUCCGAGCAGAAACACACUAAGCACACCCCUUAGCCUGUAACUUAAAUAUACAGACUAAGCGAGCAGAACCACCGGUUCAAGUAUUCUGUCAACUUCUCUGAAGACACGAACUGAGUUUCUGAAAUGCAAUACUCAGGCUUUGCCAGGUUCUAGAGGCUAACCAUCAGAUUCCAGUUACAUCAGCAGGACGCACACUGGGAGACUGGGGAGACACUAUCUCAGGCACCAGGGAUGCCCAGGUCCUCAGAACAGUUUCAGAUGUCCCGCCAUUCCGAAGCCAAUUGCAACACUGCUGCUCCUUGCCGUUACAGCCAAUCAUCAGCCGUUGUAAUUGCGCACAGAGGUCCAUGAGGCAGCAGGUAGCGGGUAUUUUUUGAAGGUCUCUCUUUCCUACACAUAGAAACGAACACCAACAUUCCUGAAGCGGUCAUUGUAUUUAAGGGCAAAUGGGGCGCCGCGGGCAGUGGAAGUCCGAAGUUUGUUAAGCUGCAGAAAGGGCACCUCAGUGCCGUCAAUGACAACUGAAGCUAGGCGGUCUCCAUGUUUUCUGAAGACAUCUUUCGGUUCCCUUCACACCUUCGUGUCUUUGUGUGAGCAGCUGUGGAGUAAACACUAUUGCUCUGCAUUCCCUUGCGGCCAGUAAGGCUGCCGCGUUCGUUCCGCACGCGUUGCUAGCAACUGUGACCAAGGGGCGUGCCAAGGGCGUGGUUUCCCGCGGUUGCGGAGGCCGGAAGCGGAAGGCUAGGGCAGCCAAGCCGCUGCCUGGGCAGGAUCCCCGAUGGCGCCACCCCCGGCCUCACUGCUGGUUCCGAUGCCUGGGGAGAUCUGGCCCGGUUUCAGGAAGCCUGAGCUUGUGAGCUUCGCGGACGUGGCCGUGUACUUCUCCCCGCAGGAGUGGGGGUGUCUGCGGCCCGCGCAGAGAACCCUGUAUCGGGAGGUGAUGCGCGAGACCUACGGCCUCCUGGGCGCGCUCGGAGACAUUCCAAAUGAGACAGAGUGGGGCUGCAAGGAAGGAGGAGAGAGACCGGCAGAGGCUCCUGCUCAGUUGCAACCUAAAGAGGUGGUUGAACAUAAGACUUAUUCCAUGGCUACCAAGUCCUCUGCAGGGGCACAGCCACCUACCAAAGCUGCCCCAGACCAGAUAGCAGGUGUGCAGCUUCCUGUCCAGGUACCAAACACCGAUAUUCAGGCCAGCCAGCGACGUCAUGUGUGUGUGGACUGUGGACGCCGGUUUACCUAUCCAUCUUUGCUGGUCAGCCACCGGCGCAUGCACUCUGGUGAGCGACCCUUCCCCUGCCCAGAGUGUGGUGUACGCUUCAAGAGGAAGUUCGCAGUGAAAGCACACCAAUGGAUCCACCGUUCCUGCUCAGGGGGUCGCCGCGGCCGAAGGCCUGGGAUCAGGGCUGUGCCUGGAGCCCCAGUCCGAGGUGACCGGGAUCCACCAGUGCUCUUUCGGCACUAUCCAGACAUUUUUGAGGAGUGUGGGUGAGUUGAAUGGCCGCCUCCGUCUGGAGGUCCGGAGCCUGGAGUUGAACAUGAACUUGGCAACUGAGACAAAUGAGUCAAGACUUCUUGAGGAUCUCUUGUAAACUUGUAAAAAAAAAUUUGCCUGUAAAGAUUCAUACAGAUUAAACCUGACACCUCCCCUCC